GGCCUGGGUUUAAAAAUAAAAAAAAAACACCUAAUGGCCUUGUGGAGAUAAAGUUACAUUACAGAAACCAAGCGUUCCAAGAAAAAGAAGGGGUCAAAAUAGAAAUUAGACACAAUUAUGGCGAAAAAUGAAAAUUUCGACAAUAAAAAAUUGUUCCCGCGAAGCUUAUGCAGUUCAUAAACCCAUAAACCAUAGAUAAACUUUCAUCAAGCUUUUAAUUUGGUACGGAGCUUUAGACGCAGGCAGGCAAUCUCAGGCUCAGCAUAUAAAUAGAGAAGAGAGGUCCCUAUGAUCUGUUAGGGUUUGGGCCGACGCCUCUCUCUCCCCUCACUAUCAUGUACGGAAAAGAAUGUCUUAGAAGCUAGGGUUCUACGCUUUUCUGCUUCACUCUUCUUCUCUAGCACAGCACAUGCACAAGAACGAGACGCAUCCUCAGCUUCGGCUCUGCUCAUCAGGACCAGAAAUUUUGGUAUAACUGUCUGGAUGUGAAAGACAUGGAUGACAUACAAAAUAUCACACAAGGGAUGCACGAAUUGAAAUUUGGAGAGAUGGCAGGCUCUUUUCCUCAGGAAAUCAUACAAGAGAUCCUAAUUAGACUGCCCGUUAAAUCUCUGAUCAAAUGCACCUGUGUGUGCAAGACAUGGAAGUCCAUGAUCAUAAACCCAAGCUUUAUUCGCACCCACGUCAGCCCAGCAGUCCAGUUUGUUAACCAGAAUGACAUUCACCUACUACUCCACAGAGUUUUUGGUUUGCAGAUGACCACCUUCUUCGGCCAAACGGUCAUGUACAAGGUAAAUGACGAGGUUCUCUCUGUGCAUUAUGAUAACCAGGCUUUUGACCACUACUCCAAGAUAGAAUUUCCAAUUGCUACCCAGGGAAAAAAGCACAACUCAUAUAUUCGUGUGGUCGGCAUUUGUGAUGGGCUAUUCUGCCUUGCGGAUGAUAUGUUCCGUUAUUGUUACAACUUCUUCAUAUGGAACCCAGCCAUUAGAAAAUUAGUGACCAUUCCCUGGCCUAAUGUUAGAUUUGAUACCCAUGCUGGGUACGAUGCUUCAAUUGGAUUUGGUUUUGAUGCUAUGACCAAUAACUAUAAGGUUGUGCGAGUUGUCACUUUAUUGGAUCAACGUGGGACACCAACUCUCGCUGAGGUUUAUUCCCUGGCCACUGGCACAUGGACCAGUCUUGGUUGUGUUUCUCCUACCUGUCUAACAGAUGGACGUGCAUCUAGUGUUUUUUUCAAUGGGGUUCUUCAUUGGCCUGUAUUCUGUAAGACAAAUGGUGAUCUUUACUAUUUUAUAUUGACAUUUCACCUGGGCAAGGAGGUCUUCCGUAAGAUGCCUAUGCCGAAGAUUAUCAAAUGGAAAUUCGACUUGGGAAUGCAAUUGUCUGUUUCAGAUAACAGAAAAUCUAUUGCUCUGUUCACGAUGGAUAACAGGUUUGAAGAUUCUUUUCUUGAGAUAUGGGUGAUGAAAGAGUAUGGCAUAAAGGAGUCAUGGACCAAAUUGAUUACUCUUGGUCCACAAGUUCCGGAGAGACUUUUACCCAGGGCCUUAUGUUUUAGGAAGAGUGGUGAAGUACUGGUGCUUCUCGCUGACAAAUCAAGGCAGGAACUAGUAUCACUAGACCUUGAGAGCAAGCAGUUUAAAAAUCUUGGGAUUUCUGGAUAUCAAUAUUGCAAUGUUGGUUUUUAUAAAGAGAGCCUCCUCUUACUCGACAAGAGCGAUGCAGAGUCUUACUAAGAGGAAGAACAGUUAAUGUUAUUAUACUGUUGAGGACAGAACAUUGCUUUUCAAGAAAAUUUUAAUUCUUUGUUUGCCAGAUUUUUAUGUUCAUUAAAAGCCUGAUUGGUGAAUAAACUUCUGUGCGUUCUUUGUUAUGUUUUGACUUGUUGUGGGUUCUUUUUGUCAGCUGAUUGUCUUUCUUGCUUCUAUUGCUAGAACACAACUUGUGACUAAAGUCAACUUAGCUCUCAUGCAAACUCAAUUUGGAUAUCAAAAAGUUGAAGACAUUAUAAUUAUAAUAAUAUCAACUCAGCUCUCAUGUAAACACGGUUAGACUGGUCUUUUAUGAGUUCUUUUAGUUUUUGACUUACGUGACAACAAAUUAGUAUGACUUUAGUCGGUGGACUGAUGAUGCUUGCUGCUACUGUUAUGAAGUUUGCGUAUUCAUUUACAUGGUUUAAUUUGCUGCUGUAAUAGGAUUGUGCAAUAGUUCAUUCAUUAAUUCCAUGUCCAAGGUUCUCAUUUGUAAAAUAGGCCCUUUUACAAUCUAGCUUUCAUUGAUGUAAGCAUGAAGAGGAAGUUUCGUGCUUAAGCAUUGAUUAACCUAGUACUUUUCUUGUUUUCUUUUGUUGCAGAUUUGUAGAGCCGCAACGUCCUCUACCCGACGCCAUUCUCUUGUUAUCUCAUAUGCUAACAUAUUUUUGUUUUCUUGGUUAUUGUGUUGCAGAUUUGUAGGGCAGUAGGGUUGUGUGCCUGAUGUGGUGGUGUAUGGAACUUGUUAUCUGUAGUGCUGAUAUGCUUUCUGUAGUAGUUGUUGGACUAUUUAUUCUUCAGCUUUUGAAAAACUAUAAUGGAACUAUGGAAGUAUCUAUCUAGUUACUAAUUUCA